ACUAACAUAAAAGGAUGGGCGACUCGCGCAGCCGGCAGAGCAGCUUUAACGCCGACUAGGAAGCGGGGAGGAGAAUCUAUUAAAGCGGUGGCGGCGCGCGCAGCCAGGUGUCCCGGCAGGUGUCUGACGGGCGUUCCCCACCUGCUGUCCGUCCCGGUUCAGUGUCCGCUUCCCACCCCUCUCUCCGGGGCUGCUCGGGCUCAGGCUUUUGUUCAGUUGCAGGCUUUUGAUAUGUAGAGAAAGGAGCAGCCACUUCUGGUAAAAGAUUUUGCUGGUUCUAAAGCACAAGCCCCAGGAUGGAGGCCAGUGGAGGCAUGGCGCACACUCCCACCGCAUUGCCCUACUUUGUGGCUCUGUCCCAGGUCCUGGGCCUGACAGUAGUGGCUGUGACAGGGGCCUGGCUUGGCCUCUACCGCGGAGGCCUUGCCUGGGAGGGCGCCCUUCAGUUCAACGUGCACCCGCUGUGCAUGGUCAUAGGCAUGAUCUUCUUGCAGGGAGAUGCACUGCUGGUUUACCGGGUCUUCAGGAAUGAGGCCAAGCGCACCACGAAGAUCCUGCACGGGCUGCUGCACGUCUUCGCCCUCAUCAUCGCUUUGGUUGGACUGGUGGCCGUGUUUGAGUAUCACAAGAAAAUGAACUAUGCUGAUUUGUAUAGUCUGCAUAGCUGGUGCGGCCUCUUGGUCUUCGUCCUUUACUUUGUGCAGUGGCUGAUGGGUUUCAGCUUCUUCCUGUUCCCCGGAGCGACGUUCUCCCUCAGAAAUGGGUACCGCCCUCAGCAUGUCUUCUUCGGCGCCACCCUCUUCCUCCUUUCUGUGGGCACGGCUCUGCUGGGCAUCGAGGAGGCCCUGAUAUUUGGGCUCAAGAACAAGUACAGCGAGUUCCAGCCCGAGGGCGUCCUGGCUAAUGUGCUAGGCCUGCUGCUCAUCUGCUUCUCUGCCGUCCUGCUCUAUAUCCUGACUAGAGAGGCCUGGGGGCGGCCCCCCCGGCCCGAGGAGCAGGCCCUCUCCAUGGACUUCAAGACGCUGACCGAGGGUGAUAGCCCCGGCUCUCAGUGACCCCCGGCCACGCAGAGCGGGAAGUGGUUCUGUGGCCAGGAACCUCUUCCCUUCCACGUGGGUGUUGGAACAUGUCUUUGUAUUUCCUUUUCCCUGUUGCGCCCAUCCUUUUGGGGACUCACAGGCUCCCCCUGAGGCUGUUCCUGGACACUGGCAGGACACUGAGGUAAAGGUGCCCUCCAGAUGGUCUUGGGGAGGAGCCAGGGGGAUAGUCUGGUUGGUUUGUUACCCCUGGUGGCCAGGGGCUUACCCUGUCUCCACAGCCCUCUCCCCAUCCUUCCUUCGGCUUUUGUUCUCCGUACCUCACCUCUUGGCAAAAUUAGCCGCCUGCUGACCUUGUGCCCUCCCCCAGAGCUGGCCCCGGAGCCCAGGAGCCCCAGGAAGAGGAGGAAGAGCCCUUAAAGAGACCCUAACCCGGCAGAAAGCAGUCCGUUCCCACGGGAAACACCGUUAUUUCGUAGAUGAGGAAUGUGACCUUCCUAAAGUCAUAUAAUUACUUGUAAACUCUUAGACCACAUGAUUCCUUCAUCUGGUGGCUUGGAAGGUGCUUGUUCUAAAAGUUUUUGGUUUGGGGACCCCAUUCAUUCCUCUUAAAAAUGAGUGAAAACCCCAAAGA